AUGUGCAAUUCAUGUCCUCCCAUUUCUCCACCCAUCUCUUCUCCUCUUGCUUGGGAUUUUGAUCAUUGGUUUCCUUGUUCAAGGGGAGGCUUGACUGUUCUAAGCAAUCUAAGGAUUGUUCAAAGACAAGUUUGCAGAAGGAAGAAAAAUAAACUUGAAUUCUUAGUGCCAUGGUGGGAUUUCCAAUUGGGGAUUUCUGUUAAUCAGUUUUUGUCUAUUUUUGCUUCUUCAAAAUCUGACUUUAGGCAUAGAGGCUUUUCAUUUCUGUUCUCUGAAGGAGAAAAUCAUGAGUUGAAUGAUACACAAAUAGUGAAUUCGCAUUCUUUUCCGCAACACUUCAUUGGUUUGAGCGAAGAAGUUGGGCUAGCUCCCGCUGCUAUAGUUGAAUCGCGAAGGGAUCCCUAUGAUGCGUUAGCUUUACGACAACUUGAUCACAAUAAGAAAACAAGGCCUAUGUCUUCUGCGAUAGUGGCUGCAAGAAAAUCAAAGGGCAAUGCGCCAAAAGAAAAUGAAGAUCCAAAUUUUGUUAGAACCCCCUACCAAGCAAUUGUCAUGGCUAGAGAUUCUCUAAAGCAAAAAAGAAGAAGCUUCAAAAAUGCAGGUGGAAAUGCAGAAGUUAGAUAA